GCACGCACUUCUCCAAGACGCUCUUUUGCGCGGGUUUGGAAAGCGACAUGAAGCGAAGCCACAAUUACAGCUCCUCGGACAGCGACCUUGAUGAUAAUGUGGAGGUGGAGAAGGACAGCAGCGAUGAGAUUUGUCACUUGGAUUCGCAUGACUCGGUGUCACCAACCACCACCACGCAGGUUCAAGCCAGAAAAAGACGCAGAGGGAUUAUUGAGAAAAGGCGACGUGACCGAAUCAAUAACAGCCUGUCAGAACUGAGAAGACUGGUGCCAAGUGCCUUUGAGAAACAGGGGUCGGCUAAACUGGAAAAAGCUGAAAUCCUGCAGAUGACUGUGGACCAUCUGAAGAUGCUUCAUGCUUCUGGUGGGAAAGGUUACUUUGAGGCGUACGCUCUGGCUAAAGACUACCACAGUCUGGGCUUCAGGGAGUGCUUGGCAGAGACAGCCCGUUACCUGAGCAUCAUGGAGGGACGGGACAGCGCAGACCCUCUGAGAUUACGACUGGUGUCCCACCUCAGUAACUACGCCUCACAGAGAGAGGUGCACUCUGGAUUGGAACACUUGGCCUGGGGCCCUUAUGGCUCGGCCCAUUCACACCAGCUCCUGCUGCAGGGCAGGACUCUGGCCCCCAGGAGCAGCAGCAGCUCACCUUCGUCCUCUUCAUCCUCACCCUCUUCGUCCUCUGAGGCGUCCCCAGUGUCCAGCCUGACUGUCCUGUCCCACACAGACUCUCUGAGGGUGCCUCCUAAUGGAGCCCUGCCGCUCGCCCUCACUGUCCCAGGGUCUAAGCUCUCUCCUCCUCUGCUGUCGUCGCUGUCCUCCCUCACGUUCCCUCUGUCCAUUGGGGCUCUACCUCUGGUGGCCCCUGCCGCUCUGAGCUCCAGCUCUACUCUGUCUAAGCCGUACCGGCCGUGGGGCACAGAGAUCGGAGCCUUCUGAAGUGAUCCAAGAACUGAAAGCAGCCAGCCGGGCCAUAACCACACACAAGAAAACACAGGAUUUAUGAACUGCUCUUUUGUGAAGUGUGAAUGGCUGUUAAACGAUAAAAGUGUAUUUUAUUUUUGUUGUGACAGAAUGAAGUGAACAUGCCUUUAUUGUAAUGAAUGAAACAUGAUUUAUGGCCCAUGAAUAAGUAGAAGUGCUGCUCAGAUUUGUAUAGAUUAAGUAGAUUUGCCUUCUACAUUUGUCAAGAACUUGUUUCGGUGAACCUGUAGUUUGAGAGAAAUACCCCACAGAAUGAACGAGAUCCUGCUGAUAGGGUGAUA